AAGUCAAAAAUGAGCUCUCGAAAAUUCUUUGUUGGUGGAAAUUGGAAAAUGAAUGGAUCAUUCUCAUCCAUUAACGAGUUGAUUUCUUUGCUCAACAAUUCGUCUGGAAAUGCGUCCGCUGAUAUUGUUGUGGCUCCACCUGCUCCAUAUUUGCAUUAUGUGGCGCAGAAUAUCAAAAAUGGAAUACAAAUCGCCGCUCAAAAUUGCUAUAAGGUUCCGAGUGGUGCUUUUACCGGUGAGAUCAGCCCAUCAAUGAUUAAGGAUCUCGGUGUUGCUUAUGUAAUUCUUGGACAUUCCGAACGACGUCAUGUAUUUGAAGAGAAGGAUGUUUUGAUUGCUGAAAAGGCAGCUCACGCUCUAGAAUCGGGACUUAAUGUGAUUUAUUGCAUUGGGGAGAAGCUUGAAGAACGUGAGGCCAACCAAACUAAAGAAGUGAAUUUUCGUCAAUUAGAUGCUUUGCUUAAAGUUCCAAAUAUCGACUGGAAAAAGAUUGUUAUCGCGUAUGAGCCGGUUUGGGCCAUUGGAACAGGCAAGACUGCGAGCCCUGAGCAAGCUGAAGAAGUGCAUAAAUGGAUUCGUGAUUAUCUUGAGGAAAAAGUUUCGAAAGAGAUUGGACAGACGACGCGUAUAAUUUAUGGCGGAUCUGUUACUGCUGGUAAUUGUGAUGAAUUGGCAAAACAGCCAGAUGUUGAUGGCUUUCUUGUUGGAGGAGCUUCAUUGAAACCCGAUUUCAUUAAGAUCUUCAAUGCCAAGCAAUAG